AUGGAUCACUUUGCUCAACAGGUUCAAGAGACGGAAAAGCUACUGAACAAUCCCGAGGCGGAAUGGAUGGACAAAUCUGAGGCGAUUACUAAUCUAGCAAACACUGUGGAAUCGCUUGGACAAUCUGUGAGUCAUAAAGAUGCCCUUCGAUUGCUGAUGAGCCUAUCGGUCGGACUAAGCAUACAGCUAGGUUCAACGCGGUCUAAGCUCGUAAGGAAUACGUGCGAGUGUCUUCUGAGAAUAAUUAAUGUCAUGGGACAAGAUUUUAAGGAUAUGGCCAACGCUUUACUGCCUCAAAUCGUCAGUACAGCCAAAUCGACAUCGGUGGCGAUGCGUCAGCCAGGAUCUAAACUUUUGCACGAAAUGUCGAAGGUCGUACGUUAUGACCUGGCACUCAUGAGAGAAAUUUACGAGGAGAAUUCGCACGCCAAAGGUCGUUUAUUGGUGCUAGAGCAACUUCGACUUGUCUUCGUUUAUUGGAGGGAUGAAGAAGUUUUGCAGUAUGAGUCGGAUGUGUGCAAAAUAAUUCAACGGGGACUGGAGGACCAAAACGAAUCUGUCCGUAAGACGGCGCGUGAGACUCUUGCUGAUUUCUCUGUUAAGUGGAAUGAACGCGCAAUUGAAUUUGUCGACUUGCUUUCAGCCCAAUCAAAAGGGCUGCUUGUGCAUGAUCAUCGUGAAUCGCCGAUCGCUAAGGCAAUUUUAGAAAAGCAUCCUGAUAUAAUCCACAAUCUGGACUCGUUCAGUCGAAGUAAGUCGGCUUUCUCUCAGUCGCGUGUGGGUUCCCGCGAGUCUCCACUGCUCCGACGUGGGCAAAAAGUUGAAAUUUACGCAUCAGAAACAACUACAUUGAAACAGCUCGAAAAUCCAAAAAGUUUGAGUCCAGAUGUUAUGAAUGCAGAAGGCAGUAUGGAAACUCAUACUACUGAUCCGAACUUACGAUAUCCAUUCGACAAUUCUAAUGUUUCGAGUGGAAGUGAAUUGGAUCAGCAUGAUCAAUCUCCAGAAGCGUUUGAUGGCUCGCAGAUGCAUGAAUAUUCUCUGGCUCAUUCAGCUUCAAAUAGUGUGCAAAUGUCCACUCUGAAAUAUAUGGACGCCUUGAAUUCUUCUUCUUGCUCUUCAAGUCAAUCACGAUCGUCAAGCGCAUCUUCUACACAUGACGAAGAGGCAGAAUCGAUUACACCGAGUGACUUAACUUUGAAGAGAUUUCAUAAACAGAGCCCCAAUUUUCAAAGCAUCAGCUCACAGAACGAGAAACCUUCAAAAGUAUCGACUACUUCAGAAGAGCAUCUAUCCUUGCUCCCUCGUCCACGUAGCUCCACGCUGAAAACGAGUAGAUGUAGUAGCCCCUCUUCACCUAUGCUUGAAGUAAAAGAUGACGAGGAAACGAUUGAAUCAAGCCUAGGCGCAUAUGAGGAGCUUGUCAACAAGCAGCCACCUGGCUUGAAAGCAAUUUCAACUAAAUUAUCCUCAGACAACGUAAUCAUGAGAUCAAGAUAUCGACGUCUGGAUCAAGAAAACGAGCUGCACCAAAUGCCCAGUUCCAAGUCGUCAACGCUCAAGUCGUCAACGCUCAAUUCGCCACCACUAGAUCAGCUGCAGCAAGCUAAGACAGAACAUGCGUUAACUGACCGCGCUUUUGAGAACGAAAUGUCGUCGAUGCUAGAACAAUCCAAUGCUGGCAGCGCAUUAUCUAAUGAAGACGAUGUCAUGAAUUAUUUUUACGAUGGAAGCGUUCAUACGGACUUUAUUCAUGAAAAAAUUCGUGACCAACAAAGCGAAUAUCACGACAAUUUGGCGGAGAAAUUGCCUGACCCGCUAAAUUUUAGUGCAGUGAGUGGUUGUACGGUACCAGAUGAAGGUCACCUUAAUGAAGGUUGUGUGAAGGACAGUGAUUUGGUACAAGGCUUAGAUAAUUUGAUGCCAACUUUGCACGACAACGUUUUACCAGCCAGACAUAGGCAUUAUAUCAAGCAAAGUUGUCCUGAAGAAGAAGCUGAUGAACAGCACAAAGAACUGGACACAAUGAACUAUCCAAGUGACUCGCUUACGGCCUUGAUGAACGUUUGUGAAAAUAUAAAAAGUCUUCGCAAAGUCACACGAAACGUUGAGAUGGGCUUUGGAUUUGGAGAAACAUGUAAAAAAGAGCAUGUUGAAAUAGCGAUGCACCACACACUUAUUGCGAGCACAGCUAACGAGGUAGAGAAAAGCCCGCACGCAAUGUGCAAUGUGCAGUCUCCAGACAAGCCUGGCAUAAAGGAUCUAUCAUAUUUGGAGUGCUCGAAACAAGGCGAUCAGAAUAUUCUAGCUCCACCCAUCGAUGGCUCGUAUGGGCAGAAAGAUAGCUACGAGGAGCAAUCAUUUUUGGAUACGUCUAUGCCAGCGUUUCGCCCAAUCUCAUCUUCUAAUGAUCGUGCAAAGACAAAUGACGACGCUUUCGUGAUAACGCAAGCUCAACAACCGAAACACAUUCCUGUAUCCGAACGAGCUACCAGGAUUAGCGAGAAUGAGUCUCACUUUGUUGACGAUUUACACGUUGCUGAAAAUACUAUCAGUCGCACAGAAUCAAAAGGAAGCUCUCAUGAAACUUUUCAAAAUCAAAAUUCAAACAUUACCCAUGGUGAUAAAGCUUGCCGUUUCGACGCUGCAGAAAAACUCUUUGCGCUAAAGGAGCCUGUAUAUGUCCACGACCGCUACGAUAAUACACAGUUGCCGCAUGAAUCGUAUGUCACACCAAAAAUACCGGAGCGAUUGCCGAAAGAGUUGUACUCCACGCGUUCGACUUCGCGGUAUGCUGCCCCAACAAGCAUGGGAGCAAAGCUUUCUUGUGCGCUUAGAAAGAAUGCUGCGAUCAAGAAUACUAGCUCAUCUGCUGAAACCGUGAUUGCCGAUAAUGCUGGCGAGGAAGAGAUUUCGAACCAGGCUGACGAAAUUACUCCACUUUUGCAUUUGUCUGUUUCGGGUGAUGAAUCAGAACCAACCGAACUUAAGCAUGCUGACGCAACACCGCUCAAUUUAACACCACCAUACAAUACACCAGGAAGCGAUAAUUCGGCAGCCAGCAAGCAAUCUAAUUUUUGUAGCAAAUCUCUUGCUGUGAUUUUUUCGGCAAUUUUCUGCAUGGCGGGUCUCCUGUACGCUGCGAAGAAAGUUAACGAGUCACGCGAAUACCACCUCAACCUGAAAUCACGCAUUGAUAAGUUUGAGGCAAGUAUCGCCGAAUCCCAUUCGAAAGUGCUACAAUUAGAAGGAGACUUCACUGUUUGGACUGAAUAUGUGCGAAACCUUGCGGAAGAAGAGGAAGCAAACGCACUGACGCAACUACAAGCACUUCAUACUGAAGUGCAAAGAUGGCAACAGGACAUGCAUGACGACCUCGAGAAAUUCCGACAGGCGCUUACUUUGGACUUCAUUGACACUGCGUUUGCAAACUUGGACGUGAAUGAUGCGAAGAAACGUGAAGAUUAA